AUGUUUGCCAACGCCAUCCUCUCUACCAUCGGCUUUGCCGCCCUGGUCGCUGCAGCUCCUCAAGCUGCAAACUUAAAUGACCCACUCCUCGGCGUAUACAUCUGCCCUAAUGCUGACUGGGCUGCCGGCGACGGAGUUGGAUGUGUGUGGCUACCCACCUCAAACAAUGAGACUACUUGCCAGACCCUGCCCAGAUUUACCAUGACGGAGGAGGCCGAGAGGCACAUUUCUUUCACUCCCGAUAUCAACAACUUUUGUACCAUUUUCGAGUCAGGGCGGUGCAACAAGACCCAGCCCAUGAUCGAUGUCGUUGCGCCGGGCUUCCACGACUUGUUCGAGAAGCAUCAGGUCAUGCAGACAAGGACUCAGUACAAGACCUACAUGUGUUCCACCGGGGGUGCAGCCGCCCCAGUCGAGGCUGCCAAUGUCUAA